CCUCCAAGACGCGGACAUCACUGCGUGACACGCUCCAUCGAUCGAGGCUGUCCAACUGAGGUGCCUUGGGCGAGCACUUGUGUAGUUCGGCUAAUGCAUAAUCCAAUCUUUCCUGCAGAUCGCUCUGGAUUCUCUGUGACUCGGAUUUUAGACACUGAACGUGCAGCUCGAGCUGCCCUAUUUUUAUUUGACGAUCCUCUCUCUCUUUUUCCUGUUUAUCAACGAGUGAUGCCAUCACUUCAAGCUCAUUUUCCAUUCUUUGCUUCUCUGUCUGAGCUAAAGCUUUUUGUUGAGACACAACGAGAUCGCAAGAAAGACGCUGUUGUAUGUACAAGUCCAUUAACUGGAGCUGGCCAGCUUGGGCAUAGGAAUGGAAAUCUAUUAGGGGUGACGUGCAGAUCCAUCUCAUUCGGAGUGACAACAAGGUACACAGUGGCACCAGGGAAUAUGGCAUAAUCUUCAAUUUUUCUCGUAUCUCGUGACAUGAUACGCUGAUUGAAUACUAGCUUCUGGCGACGUUCUGGGAUGCCCAGCUCUGCAAAGAUGCUAGUCUUCAAGUCACUAACUCUACUGGAUGGGUUGCAACACAGGAACAUUUCUCUGAACCGUGUCUUGACGAAGAUGGGUAUUGUUCCGGGACCCACAAGAAAAACCUCACUCCCGGCAGUUAACCCGCACUCAGCAAGUCUUCGACUCUCUGAAAGUGGCGAAAUUCCCUUAUACAGCUGGUGGUC